CACGCUCUGGGGCGGGGCUCCGAGGGCGAUGGCCGCCGCUGCUGCCGCGGUGAUUGUGGCCGCUGCUCUGGGCGGAGGGCUGCUGCUCCUCGCCCGGCGCCUCUGGCCGGCGGCGGCCGCGGGGAAGGGCAGCGCUACGGCCGCCGCCGCCGCUGCCUUGUGCCGGAUGGAGGGCAAGACGGUGAUCAUCACGGGCGCCAACAGCGGCCUGGGCCGGGCGGCGGCGGCCGAGCUGCUGAGGCGCCGCGCGAGGGUCAUCAUGGCCUGCCGGGACCCGGCGCGCGCCGAGGAGGCGGCCCGGGAGCUGCGCGCCGAGAUGGGCCUGAGCUCGCGGGAAAGAGGCGGAGGCGGCGGCCGAGGGGAGCUGGUGGUGCGCCAGCUGGACUUGGCCUCGCUGGGCUCCGUGCGCCGCUUCUGCCAGCAGGUGCUGCAGGAAGAGCCUAGGCUGGAUGUCCUGAUCAACAACGCAGGGAUAUUCCAGUGUCCCUAUAUGAAGACCGAGGACGGCUUUGAGAUGCAGUUUGGCGUCAACCACUUGGGGCACUUCUUGCUCACAAACCUCCUCCUUGGACUUCUGAAAAGCUCUGCGCCCAGCAGGAUUGUGGUGGUUUCCUCCAAGCUUUACAAAUACGGCGAGAUCAACUUUGAUGACUUGAACAGUGAGCUAAAUUACAAUAAGAGCUUUGCUUAUAGUCGGAGUAAACUGGCCAACAUACUGUUCACUAGGGAAUUGGCCCGUCGCUUAGAGAACACAGGGGUCACGGUCAAUGUGCUGCAUCCCGGUAUUGUCAGAACAAAUCUAGGCAGACAUAUACAUAUCCCUUUGCUAGCCAAGCCCCUCUUCAAUUUGGUAUCUUGGGCUUUCUUCAAAACCCCUCUGGAAGGAGCCCAGACUUCAAUUUAUCUGGCCUCCUCCCCCGAAGUAGAGGGUGUAUCUGGGAAAUAUUUUGGAAACUGCAAGGAGGAACAACUGUUGCCCAAUGCCAUGGAUGAUUUGGUUGCAAGGAAACUAUGGGAUAUCAGCGAAGUGAUGGUGGGGCUAUUAAAAUAAAGGUCAAGGAGAAGCACUGUAUCAAAAUAGUGUCAAUAGAUAGUCUUUCAGAAUUUACAGUUUCUUGCUUCUGUUAUCUUGCCUCAUUGCAACAGAUGGAGCCCAAGUUAUUUUGCAUCUCUGGCUGGGAUUUAUCACAAUCAAUGCAGACUGUGUUUGUUUUUUUAAGAGAAAAUAUCAGAAUAAAUUAAUAUUUAAAGAAAAUAAUUAGAGGUGAAGGAGGUUUUUGUAUAUUUUGGGCUGAAGGGAGAUUUUUGCUGUUCUGCAAACAAAAUGGAAAGAUGUCUGCUUUUGUAGGUGUUUUCUGAUAGUUCAGUGCUUCAUAUCCGAAUUAGCUGUGCAUGGUACUGUAUUUGAAAUAUGUGGCAGCUUCAUUUUUGUGCUCCAAAAAGGAAUUCCAAGAAUAUAAGGCAGAGAAAAUCACCUGUGAAUCGCUCGAGUCAAUGAGUAUUUUUCUGCUUUGGUAAGAAAACCCAGCUGAAAACAGCUUGGCAUGAUGUAAUAGCACCAUUGUACACUGACUGUUCUCUAGACAUCUCUAGGAACAGUAUUCCGGAUGCAGAUGAUAGCAUAUUUCAGUCAAUAAUUGAUGUAUGCGUAACAAUGGAUUGCAUCUUUGAUGUUGUCUGACUUUGCAAAGCAGUUAUUGCAUUAUUGCAGUCCUCCACCACUUCAAAUAGAACCUCUUACUUCAGGUAUGCUUCUUUGGCUAGCAGCACUUCACAGAUCACAUUUAGUCAAACCUUUUAGGUUUAGUGUAUGGCACAGGUGAAAAUUACUGCUUUGCACAUGCUUACCAAGUCCCGAUCCACGACUGACUUUCUGUUUGUUACGUUUGCACACCUGAAGCGAGUACGUGGUUCUUCCAGAAUCAGUAAGCCAUGACGUUGCAUUCCUACACUUCUUAGCUGAGACUGUUCUCCUUUAGUGCAGUUGUGUGUUAAGAAAGUUUCACUUAUAUCCAUGGAACAUUAUAAUAUAAUACAGUGUUUUGCACUGAUUCACAUACAUAGAUUUUAUGUCCUUGGAGUUAUUUUGAGUGAUUUAUACUAACAAAAUAUGAAUGGGACAUUGCAGAGAAUCACAAACUAGAAUCUCAGAGCAAAUCACAAGAGUUGGCAGUGACACACAAAUCAUUAUGCAUGAAGUACAAUUCAUAAACGACCCGAUUCCCACCUGUAAUUGAUUAAUGCUAGUGUACUCGCAUUAAUGGCGAAUUGUGACCUAAGCUGCUGUAGCCCACUUGGCAAUUUAAUGCUUUUACAAACUACAGGCCAAACACAGUGAUUCUGAACUUGUUUCUUAGAAGUAAACGUAUCUCAGAUUGAAGUGUACAUUGGCUGGAGUGGGUUCUGAGUCAUUGGACUAAUAAGCUGCCAUCUAAGUUUGCACUACUAUACAAGAACAUUACCCAAAUUUUAUAUACAUAUGCACAGAUACAGAACACCCACCCUCACCAUCAGUCUAAACUUGUCUUGAAUUAACACCCACCAUAAAUUUUCAUAUAGAUUCUCUGCCAUGCAGAGUCGUUUUUCACAGUAUUUAGGAUUGAGUUUAAUUACCUAAAUGUGCCUCCUUUUGUUGUACAUAAAUAAAGGUAUAUCUUAAACAAA